AGCAGGGUUUCUCCGAACGCAGCAUGGGCAAGCGGAGUGCCAGACAGGCCAACAUUGAGCCGGCCAGAUAGCCCACUGAUCGAGCCGAGCCGAACCGGCCGGCAAAAAAAAGUGAGUGCUUACUGAAGGCUGAUCUCAGACAGCUUUCUCCUGCUCUGCUCCUGCACCUCAGUCUGCAUUCGCUUUUAUAUCUCUUAUAUCACACACAAUGAUUCGGCUGGGCGUUCAGCGCAUACAGGCAGCACAGGCUGCUAGGAUGAUCCAGCCAGUUGCUCGGCACAUGUCGACAGAACAGCCGCCCGCAAAGGAUGGGCGCAAAAAGACACCAAGGUCCAAAUACAUGGGGGUGCGGCCAGAGUCGCCGGCGAUCGUGCGCAUGGCCGACUCGUUUGCCGAGGCUGCACCCUCAUUCGACAUAGUAGCAGAGCUCGACGCAUUCCGGUUUUCUAGCGAAGACCUGAUCCGGCAGCUGCCCGCAGUCCGCACACAACUGGCCAGCGACGCUUCAGUAUCGAUUAGCCCGGCGGAGCUGGCAGCGACGAACCGCAAGGAAACGCUCGAUCUGUUAAAUCGAGCUGCGGGUAGACAGAGCAGAGAAAAUCAAGGGUGCGUUCCGGGUCGACCAGCUAAAGGAGUACUUGGAGCGGCACGGCAAACCGGUAUCUGGCAGCAAGGGCAAGUUGGUGAACCGGAUUAUCACGGAUGUAUGGGGCAUUUCGCCAACGGCCCUUAGGAGCUCAAGCUCAACAAGCCCAAGGAGGAGGCAGUGCAGGAUGGCAUUGACCUUGCCACUCAGUAGCGCGUCGUUGGAGGCGGUCAGG